AUGUAUCAAGUUCUAGCCAUAGCUCUGAUAUUUCCAGUUCUCACCUACAAAAUCAGCAUGGCCACAGCAAGCGGCGAUGGUCAAUUUUUCCAUGACUGCCCACCAUCGAGGUGUAGUGAUGGCAACAUAGAGACCCGAUUUCCAUUCCGCCUUGCAACCAGUCUCCCAUCUUGUGGGGCACCUGGCAUGGAGCUAUCAUGCUCUAAGGAAGCAGAUACCAUCCUACUUCAUCCAAUUCUUGGAUUAUGCAAGGUCACUGCAAUCGACUACAGCGGCGGUACCCUGAAUGUCAUCCCACUUGAAGAAUCAUGGACUCGGUGCCCGCUUCAGAAGAUCUCUACCACCAACCUAUCAACUAGUGUAUACAGACUACUUACACCUCAAACUGGAACACUGGUACGCUGUUCAAGAGAGUUCAAACCAGAUAAGAAGGCUCGUGUUACACCGGGUACAAGGGACAGUGUUGUUGGCCCAAUUUCUUGCCUUAGCAACACAAGCCAACUCAUGUAUUUGAUGGACUCUGGUGAAUCCAUGUCUCUUCUUCCCUUAGAUUGUACAGUGGUGUUGAAUGGCAUUUGGCUGCCAACUCUGGUGGAUCCGUCAGGUUAUGAUUGCAGAUAUUCUGUUCUCUUCAAUAUAAAGGCCAAAAGAAUCCCGAUAACCUUAUUUUGGUCGGUUCCUAACAUAACUAACAUUUGUCAAGACUGUGAGCAAAAAGGGCACCCAUGCGGAUUCAGUUCACAACGCAGGCAAGCAUUCUGCAAGCACCAAGGUUCACGUGCCAAAGUCAUUGCAGCAACAUCAUCGGCGGCCACAUUUGUGGUUCUCUUGUUGACAGCAGCCACUGCACUAUAUCUAUCCCUAAAAUCAAAGGCUGAUGAAGAGAUACGUUUGAAAAUAGAAAUGUUUCUCAAGGCAUACGGCACAUCAAAACCAACAAGGUACACGUUCUCUGAAGUUAAAAAGGUAACAAGACGAUUCAGAGAUAAACUGGGUCAGGGUGGAUUUGGAAGCAUAUACAAAGGUCGGUUGGCAAGUGGAGUACCUGUGGCAGUAAAGAUGCUGGAGAACUCGAAGAGUAAUGGAGAGGACUUCAUAAAUGAAGUUGCAACCAUUGGUAGAAUCCACCAUGCCAAUGUGGUUCGCCUUUUGGGGUUUUGCUCCGAAGGAACAAGGCGUGCUCUUGUUUACGAAUUCAUGCCUAAUGAAUCACUUGAGAAAUAUAUAUUCGCACAUGAAUCGGAUAUUUGCCGAGAACUAUUAGCACCUAACAAAAUGCUUGAAAUGGCAUCGGGCGUUGCACGAGGAAUGGAGUACCUGCAUCAAGGGUGCAAUCAGCGCAUCCUCCAUUUUGACAUCAAGCCUCACAACAUCUUGCUAGAUUACAGCUUCAAUCCAAAGAUUUCAGAUUUUGGGCUUGCAAAGCUGUGUUCCAGAGAUGAAAGUAUUGUUACACUUACUGCAGCUAGAGGAACACUGGGCUACAUCGCCCCAGAGUUAUAUUCUCGGAACUUUGGUACAAUUUCCUACAAGUCAGAUGUUUAUAGCUUUGGCAUGCUAGUGCUGGAAAUGGUGAGUGGUAGAAGAAACUCAGAUCCAUGGGUUGAGAACCAAAACGAGGUGUAUAUUCCAGAGUGGAUAUAUGAGAAAAUAAUCACUGGGCAAGAACUGGAAUCAACUAGGCAAAUGGCGCAAAUGGAGAAAGAUAUAAUGAGAAAGCUGGCCAUUGUUGCCCUAUGGUGCAUCCAGUGGAACCCAAAGAAUCGUCCAUCGGCAGCAAAAGUGAUGAACAUGUUAACAGGAAGCUUGCCCAGUCUAACAAUGCCUCCCAAGCCAUUUGUUUCGUCUCCAGGUCACCCUAUACUGCAAGCAUAG